AUGAAGACUGGCUCAAUCGACACUGGUAGACGAAAAAAGAGAAAAGGCUUUUUGGCGAACGAAGAUAAAACUGUGUCGAAGCCUGCAGGGAAACCCGACCUCACUCUGACUACGCCGAAUGGCGGUGAGGGAGUUUUCAAGCCUGAUGAUGUCAAUCCUACCACUCCUACCGUGCUAAAUGCACCCAACGCAGUUCAGCAUCUGUCAACAACUCCUCAGCCAGUAUCUGGAGAUGUAAUACGAAUGUCUGAAUCUCCACGAGUGGAAACCAUCGCAGAAUUCCCAGAAAGUGCGGCUUUGUCAGUUCUGGCAGAAACCCCGACGACGGAAUCGCCUGGCUCUAUGGAAACGUUUAUAAAUCAGCAAGGCGUGAAAUUUACUUCCGACGGAGAAACCAAUGCCGAUGAAACACUUCUGGUACCCUAUGGUUUACCGAGUGUUCGUGAGCUUCUGAGCUUUCUUUCGGCUCUCAUCAACCCGGUGGACAAAACACACACUGAUGUAAUGAUUCACACUGGACUGAAUAUGAUCGCUGUUGCUUUGGAAAUUGGGUCCGAGUCGAUCGAGACAUUUCCGUCUUUGUUGUCCAUUGUCAAGAAUGAUUUGUCUCGUCAUAUCAUAGCGCUCCUCAGCAAGGAUCGAGUGUCUAUGUUUGCCGCAGUGAUUCGAGUUGGUUUCCUCCUUUUCGAAGCACUGAGAACCCAUUUGAAGCUUCAGUUGGAGAUGUUUUUAGUCAAAUUGAUGGACGUUGUUUCCACGGAGUCGCAAAAGAUACCUUAUGAGCUUCGUGAGCUUGCACUUGAUGUUAUUGUGCGGAUGUGGCGCAUUCCUGGUCUCGUUACCGAACUCUACUUGAACUUUGACUGCGAUGUGUUCUGCACGAAUUUGUUUGAGGAUUUGACAAAAAUGUUGUCAAAGAACGCUUUCCCAAUGAGUGGAAUGUACACGACUCACGUGUUGUCGCUGGAUGCCCUUUUGACGGUGAUUGAGGCAAUUGAGCAUCAUUGUCAGUUUCGUGUGGCCCAUCCCCCGGGAAGCCAGGAGACAACUUACGGUAGUCACUGCCUCAACGGCAGCGUGCUUCGCGACUACCGGGUCAAGCAUAAGAAAAAGCUGCUAAAUGUCGGAAGCGAACAUUUCAACACGAAGCCAGCAAAAGGCAUCCAGUUCCUGCAAGAGAAUGGAAGUGGAGAGAAUUGUCGAGCUAAACUGCUGAAUGUCGGAAGCGAACAUUUCAACACGAAGCCAGCAAAAGGCAUCCAGUUCCUGCAAGAGAAUGGAUUGUUGUCGAAGCCGUUGGAUCCCAGUGAAGUCGCAGCAUUCCUCAGAGACAAUCCCCUGUUGGACAAACGGAUGAUCGGCGAAUAUGUAGCAAAUAAGAAGAAUUUGACGGAACUUUCGGCGUUUGUGAAAUCAUUUGAUUUCCGAGGACUGAGAGUUGACGAAGCUUUGCGUUUGUACUUGGAAGCGUUCCGUUUGCCGGGUGAAGCACCGUUGAUUUCGCUGGUUUUGGAGCAUUUCGCCGAACACUGGCAUUUCGACUUGGAGAAUAGCAACGACAUGCCGUUUGCUAGCGCUGACGCUGCGUUCACGCUAGCCUAUGGGACCAUCAUGUUGAAUGUGGACCAGCACAACCAUAACGUGAGGCGCCAAAAUACACCCAUGACAAUCGACGAUUUCACUCGUAAUUUGGCCGGUGUGAAUGGAGGGAAGGACUUUGACAAAGAAAUGCUUUCCAAAAUGUAUCACGCCAUUCAAAUAAAGAAAAUUUUCUCAGUUCCGGGCAGAAACCCCAUGGAGGAGGACAUGUUGAAACAAUCUCGUUAUAACCAGCCUCCCAAUUCAAUAUUCCAUAACACAAUUUUUUCUGAAGUCCUCUCUCCGGAAGCUGCGCUGAUCACCUUUGGAGGAAACGCCAAGGCGCAUCUGGCCCUGCAAACAGUGUUCGCGCUGGCCCACAAACACGGAGAUAUUCUGCGCGAAGGAUGGAAGAACCUGCUGGAAUGCAUUUUGCAGCUGUUCAAGGCGAAGGCUUUGCCAAAAUGUUCGAUUGAAGGAGAGGACUUCGUGGAUCCGAGUGGAUGUUUAUUUUGGAUUUUUCGAUGGUGGGACUCGUCUCUGGUGCGAGAAAAUCCCUCACCCCCUCAGGGCAACAACCUUGUCUAUCAAAAUGAACUGAGCCGCCUUCACGCCGCCACUUGGCAUGAGAAUGUGGCGGCUGUGAAGGUGGCAGGUGUGACAAUGAAUGCCGCUAGUACAAAGGGGCCGACGCCAGAAGAAGAGCAAAUGCUCAAAGCUGCGAAGAACUGUGUGAAAGAAUGUUACCCAGAACAACUCAUUACUGAGUCGAAAUUCCUACGCAUUGAGUCACUCCAGGAAUUGGUGAAGGCUCUAAUAUUGGCGUCAGCACGCCAAGAACCAGGAGGCAACUUCGACGACAAGAGCACGAUAUUCUUUAUGGAAAUGCUCGUGAAAGUUGUGUUGCAGAAUCGGUAGGUAGAAUCCGUUGUUGUUGCUGGAUGACAAACGAGGCAUCUUCGACAUCCGUGUCGGGUGAAGAACCGGAAACAAACCCGCUACCCAGGCAGGAUCCAACAAGAGAAGAGACAACCUCGUUCUCACCGCAUCACGAUAAUGAUGAUGAAGUUGAGAUUGCCACUGAGUUGGAAACGAUACGCAACAAUGGACAAACAACGCAUCCACCACUCGAAACAAACUUGCAACUCAGGCACAGUUUG